GCAGCAGUUUGCUGUACGGCUGCCUGGAUGUAUGGAAAGCCGUCGGGCUCAUAAUUCGUCACAAUUCCCACGGGGUAUGGAAGGUGCGAUGGCCGCCGCUGCUAUCUAUAGUAGCCGGGACAUCGUGGAGGAUUUCCUCCGCUACAAGCUGCUCAGCGCCGGCGUGGACUGGCGGGACCGUGGCAGCGGUCAGCGCAGACGCAACGCAGCUGCAUCUACGUCAUCAAGGAGAUCUGAGGGAGGGAUGACAUCACGCAGGGGAGUCACUCCGGAUGACUCUCAGCAAGAUCCCUGCCUGGCUCCGCCCCCGCUGCAGGUCGUGCUCAGGUGUGCAGGUGACGAGCUGCUGCGCCGUUACCGCGGCGACCUGUCGACCCAGGUGUCAGUGCUGCUGCUGUGCGAUGGCAGCGAGGCGGCACGGCGGCGGAGCCUGGCGGCCGUCAGCGAGGAACUGUUCAGGGACGGGGUGAACUGGGGACGUAUCGUGGCCAUGAUGGAGCUGGGCGGAGCUCUGUGCACAAGGGCGGUGAGGACGGGCGGCGCCUGGCAGCUGGAUGACAUCGCCGGCUGGAUGGAGGAGAGUCUGGACUCGAUGCCGCUGCAAGGAUGGAUCCAUGCCAACGGAGGAUGGGAUGCGUUUGUGGAGUUGUACGGUGAGCUCAGACCUCCAGUCAGCUUCUGGUCUCUGAGGACAGUGAUUGGACUGGCUGUACUGGGAGCAGCUGGGAUCACACUGGGAGCCCUGUUCACACACACCUGAUCCAGUCCAGUCGCUGCAUCAACCUCUGACUGGGAAACCAGGUCAACAGCAGACUCCCUGAGCUUCUUCUGCCGUCACAUCCAAAGAAAAUGUUGCAUCGUGUUCACAGUCACAGAAACCGUAUACUGGACUGGAAUAUAUGACGGGUAUUAAAAGGUUUUUGUGUGCAUGCAUUAAGGGCUUUUUAAGGGGUAACUUAUCACCUCAAAACCCCCUCUGAAUAUUACACCUUAAAAUGAUGAAAUUAUAAUUGAAAAUUGAAAUUGAAAUUUCAAGUACACUUCAAGAUUCAAAUUCUGGGGGACUCCACAAAAGAAAAUAAGCCUGAGAGGAGGAAGCAUCUCCAAAUAUGACUUACAAGAUAUAAAGAUGAAAACAAUCCAGAGCCACAUCCGACCUUUGGGAUUGUUUGUCUACUUUAACCCUUAACUUGUGUUGUCCUCGGGUCAAAUUUGACCCGUUUUCAAAGUUUUUAUAUCAGA